CCCGAAUCAACCUGAAUGGUCACACAGCUUAAUCCUAUCCCUGGGUAUUCUAGUGGACUCCUGAGGAGCAAUGUUGACAUCUUAAGGAGGAUCGGAGAGCAUUCUUCCCAUUCUGUGCUUUUUCUCCUUGAAGAUUUUUGUGAAUGUGUCCUAAUCUCAAUCUUCUGCCUGCUUAGAUUUGAGAGGUGGAGGGAAUGGCUGAGAAAGAGGGAGACAGAAGCAGAGAGUACCUCGAAGGAAGGGUGUCAGAUACUCUGCUCCUUGUCCCUCCCCCUCCAAGCACAGACCACCAAGAUUGCUGCCAUCUCUGAUGCUGUGAGUCAGGUCAAGGUCGAAGUCAACAAGGCCUUCCUGGAAUCCCGGACCAGGCUGAAGACUGCCAUGAGCUCCAAAGGGCCCACCACUCGACAGCUCUCGGAGUACCUCAAACAUGCCAAAGGCCGGGCACGUACAGCCAUCCGCAACGGGCAGGUGUGGGAGGAGUCCUUAAAGAGGCUAAGGCAGAUUGUGGCCUUGACCAAUGCCACAGACCCCAACCUGGACUUGACUGCACUGUCUUGGGAGGUGGGCUGUGGUGCCCCUGUUGCUGUGGUGCAAUGUGACAAGGACAGUCCUUACCGAACCAUCACAGGAGAUUGUAAUAACAGGAGGAAGCCCGCGCUGGGCGCCGCCAACAGGGCGCUGGCGCGCUGGCUGCCCGCGGAGUACGAGGACGGGCUGUCCCUGCCCUUCGGGUGGACGCCGGGGAGGACGCGGAACGGCUUCCCCCUCCCGCUGGCCCGUGAGGUAUCCAACAAGAUUAUAGACUCCCUGAAUGACAGGGGUGUUCUGGACCAAAACAGGUCCUUGCUCUUCAUGCAGUGGGGUCAAAUUGUGGACCAUGACCUGGACUUUGCCCCCGACACGGAGCUGGGGAGCAGCGAGUACUCCAAAGCACAGUGUGACAAGUACUGUGUCCAAGGAGACAACUGCUUCCCCAUCAUGUUCCCUCCCAAUGACCCCAAGUUGAGGACUCAAGGCAAGUGCAUGCCUUUCUUCCGAGCUGGGUUCGUCUGCCCCACUCCACCUUACCAGUCCCUGGCUCGAGAUCAGAUUAACGCUCUGACCUCCUUCCUGGAUGCCAGCCUUGUGUACGGUCCUGAGCCCAGCCUGGCCAACCGCCUUCGAAACCUCAGCAGCCCCCUGGGCCUUAUGGCUGUGAAUCAGGAGGUCCAUGACCAUGGGCUGGCUUACCUGCCUUUUGACGUCAAGAAGCCAAGCCCCUGUGAGUUCAUCAACACCACUGCCCGAGUGCCCUGCUUCCUGGCAGGAGAUUCCCGAGCCUCGGAGCAGAUCUUGCUGGCCUCUUCCCACACUCUCUUUCUCCGGGAGCACAACCGGCUGGUAAUAGAACUAAAGAGACUCAAUCCUCAGUGGGAUGGAGAGAAGCUCUAUCAGGAAGCCCGGAAGAUCCUGGGGGCCUUUGUGCAGAUUACCACCUUUAGGGACUACCUACCCAUGGUGCUCGGUGAUGAGAUGCAGAAGUGGAUCCCUCCUUACCAAGGCUAUAACAAAUCUGCUGACCCCCGAAUUUCCAAUGUCUUCACCUUUGCCUUCCGCUUUGGCCACUUGGAGGUCCCCUCCACUCUGUCCCGCCUGGAUGAGAACUAUCAACCAUGGGGUCCAGAAUCAGAGCUUCCCCUGCACACCCUCUUCUUUAACACCUGGAGGAUAGUCAAAGACGGUGGAAUUGACCCUCUGAUCAGGGGCCUGCUAGCCAAGAAUUCCAAGCUGAUUAGUCAGAAUAAAAUGAUGACAAGAGAGCUGCGCAACAAACUUUUCCAGCCAACUCACAAGAUUCAUGGCUUUGACCUGGCCGCCAUCAACAUCCAGCGUUGCCGGGACCACGGGAUGCCUGGGUACAACUCCUGGAGAGGCUUCUGUGACCUCCCACAGCCCCAGACCCUGAAGGAGCUGGAUGCUGUACUGAAGAACAGGAGGCUGGCUGAGAAGUUACUGGAUCUCUAUGGGACCCCUGACAACAUCGACAUCUGGGUUGGGGGUGUUGCUGAGCCCCAGGUAGAGAGGGGCCGGGUGGGAUCUCUCCUGGCCUGCCUCCUGGGAAAGCAGUUCCAGCAGAUUCGUGAUGGAGACAGAUUCUGGUGGGAGAACCCUGGGGUCUUCACGGAGAAGCAGCGGGACGCUCUACGGAAAAUAUCCUUCUCGCGCCUUGUCUGCGACAACACUCACAUCACCAAGGUCCCACGGGACCCAUUCCAGGCCAACAACUACCCCGAAGGCUUUGUGGAUUGCUCAGCCAUUGACAAGCUGGACCUUUCACCCUGGGCCUCGGUGGAGGAUUAGGGGCCCAGGUUUCCCAACCUCCCACACUGUGCAGUAGUGCUCCCUUUGGUCCUUGAUGUCAUUUCAAGCAAGAGCAAGCUCAGUGACUCAGUGCCUUAGAGCUCCACUCCCCACACUGGCCCUUCUUUUCAGCCGAGUUUCUUUAUACUCUCCAGAUGCGUACCUCGCUUGAGCCCAAGGCCAGCGCCUCAGCCUUUCCAGCUCUUCCACCCAAAUCCUGCUGCUCCCAUACCAUCCCCUCUGUCUGCAGAUGUCACCCAUCCUCUCCCUGCAACAAGUCUUGGCUGAAGCCAUCAUGAUCUUUGCACUCUUAUCUUUCCUCCUCUUCUUUCAAACUAAAUUGUAAGCUCCCUGAGCCAGGAACUUCAGUCUGCUUUGGAGUAUCCUUGCCAACCAGCAUGACAUACACAGCAGGUGCUCAAUAAACAUCUAAUGAUUGA